UGCACAAAGUGACAGUUCACCUGCUUUUAAGAAAGAAUACAAAAAAUCAUUACGUACAAACAAACAAGUCAUAAUAAUUGUUAAUAAUAUAGAAUAAAUAAUAAUCACUAGGUAAUUUAUAUUUUAACUUUUAAUGUAACCCCUGAAAAAGUGAAAAGGAGUAUCGAUCAAUAAAUAUUCAUAAUCCCAUAUAUAUAUAUAUAUAUAUAUAUAUAUAUCAUAUAUGGCUCUCUCACUCACAGCUCUCCUCUAACCUAAGAGUAACACAACCCUCAAGAUUCAGGUUUUCGUAGAAGUUAGAAGAUGGCUACCAUGUCUGAAAAACUGGAAGCCGCGGGUGGUGACAAGGGAAAUCCUUUUGACGAUGGUAUUUUUGACGGGGUGAAGAGAAUAAUUGUCGGAAAAUCCCUCCUAAGUGUUUCUUAUAUCAAGAUCGAGUACGACAAGGAUGGAGAUACUGAAAGCAAAGAACAUGGGCAGUUUACCCGGAAGCAUAAAGAGUUCGCGUUGGAUUAUCCGGAUGAGUAUAUCACAGCUGUUGGUGGAACCCACCAAUUUGAUAUCAAGCAUAAAACAACGCUGAUCAGAUCUUUAUUCUUCAAAACCUCCCGUGGAAGGACAUCUGACACACUCGGUCAUAAGAAGAAUCCAAUGAUACCAUCAUUAGUAUCAUCUGCAAUAUCAUCUGCAGUAGCACCUGUAGUAUCAUAUGAGACAGAUUUCAUGUUUGAGAGCAAAAACGGAGGAAAGCUUCUUAGAUUCCAUGGACGCGCUGGUCCCCUUCUUAAUGCCAUUGGACCUCACUUCUUCGCUUUCAACUAUCCUCUUACGCACUUUAACCUUGAAGGUGGGAAUGAAGGGAAUGCUUGGGACGAUGGUGCUUUUGACGGUGUUAGAAAAGUAGUCGUUGGACGACGUGGUAAGUUUGUUAGUUACGUUAGGUUUGAGUAUGCCAAAGGCGAAAGAACUGUACCGCAUAGUCAUGGGGAGAGAGAUGAAGCUCCAAAAGAGUUUGUGGUGGGUUAUCCUCAUGAGCAUAUUACGUUAGUGGAGGGAACUAUCGAUGGCAAGCUUACGUCGCUUAAGUUUACGACAUCAAAAGGAAGAACCUCCCCUGCUUUUGGGAAUGAGGAUGGUAGUAAAUUUGCUUUUGAGAAGACAGGUUUCAAGCUUGUCGGGUUUUGUGGUCGGUCCAGUAAUGUUAUUAAUGCCCUCGGUGCACAUUUUGCCCCUUUCCCUGCUCCCGUUCCAGCUCCAGCUCCAGUUCCGGCUCCAGCUCCAGCUCCAGCUCCAGCCUCUUCUCCCAACAAAAGAGAGGCUCUAGGAGGAAAGGGUGGAGAAACAUUUGAUGACGGUUCUUUUGAUAAUGUAAGAAAAAUUUAUGUUGGUCAAGUAGAUUCCAAUGUAGCUUACCUCAAGUUCGAAUACGAAAAAGACGGUAAAAGAGAGAUGCGCGAGCACGGAAAGAAGACAGGGUCAGGAACAGAAGUGUUCGAGGUUCAUAAAGACGAUUACAUCACAUCUGUAAAAGUUUACUACGGUAGACACACCGGAGUUAUAACAUCUGUUACGUUCAAGACGUUCAAGGGCAUAACCUCUCCCUCCUUUGGAAAGACCUCAUCGAAUAUGUUCUUCCUCGAAGGCGGCAAAAUCACCGGGUUCUAUGGAAGUUCCGGGGAUGUUAUUCAUUCUCUCGGAGCUUAUGUUUCUCGUUCUACGCGGAUGUUGCGUGGCAAGUGGAUCCAGGUGAAACAAAUAGGCAAGGAUCUUGAACCUGGACCAAGAUGCUCGCAUGCUAUAGCAAUGGUUGGAGACAAAAUGUACUCUUUUGGAGGAGAGCUAACGCCGAAUUUCUCCAUUGAUAAAGACAUGUACGUCUUCGAUUUCAACACUCGCGCGUGGUCAAUCGCUCCUCAGAACGGCGACGUUCCAGAACUCGCUUGCUUAGGCGUUUGCAUGGUAGCCAUCGGAACUACACUAUACGUCUUUGGUGGCCGCGACAGCAACCGCAAUUACAACGGUUUCUAUUCUUACGACACCGUUAAGAGCGAGUGGAAACUAAUAACUCCUGUUGAUAAAGGACCUACACCGCGUAGCUUCUUCUCGAUGGCUGCUGAUGAUGAAAACGUAUACGUCUUUGGUGGAGUGAGUAAAACGGUACGUCUAAACUCACUUCAUGCUUACAACAUCGUUGAUCAGAAGUGGACUGAGCUUCCUAAUCCUGGAGAGUCUAGAGUACCGAGAGGUGGAGCGGGGCUUGCCGUAGUGCAAGGAAAGAUUUGGGUUGUGUAUGGAUUUUGCGGUGAUGAAAUGGACGAUGUUCAUUGCUUCGAUCCAGUUGAAAGUAACUGGACUAAAGUGGAAACAAGCGGUGAAAAGCCGUGGCCGAGAAGCGUGUUCGCGCUAGCGGUCGUGGGGAAAUAUAUAAUUAUAUCGGGAGGUGAGAUUGAGAUGGACCCACAGGCUCAUUUGGGUCCAGGGAAAUUGGACAGCGGGGCUUUUGUGUUGGACACUGAGAGUUUGUUGUGGGAGAAACUUGAGGAAGGUCAUAGCCCGCGUGGAUGGUGUGCAUCCACGACUGCGUCCCUGGAUGGGAAACAAGGGCUGUUGAUGUAUGGAGGGAAGGCUCCGACCAACGGCCGUUAUGAUGACAUCUUUUUCUAUGGUGUAGAUUCUGCUUAAAACCUCUUGGUGUUGGUCAUUUUAAAUUUUUUGUUUGUUGCAUCGUGGGAUGGAUCGACUACAUCUUAUGUCUGUUUUGUUUGACUCAAAUAAAUUGAAACAGUAAGUGCAGAACUGAUAAGGGAAUUUUGCCAAAACUGAACAACUAAACUCUCCUAUUGUACCCUUAGAACAAAACCAAAAUUUGUCACUUUUGGACUUUUAUUACUCUAUUUGUUUAUAAUAAUUCAUAUCAAUAUAUUUACAUGGAAACAAUACAAGGAAAAAUAUAAAAUAUAAUAUUAGCAUGUAUGUGCACUUAGGAAAAUAUUUUUAUGCUGAAAAUAGUUUUGGAAUACCAAUUUCAAAAAUGGGCUAAAAGUUUGGUAAACCUAAUCUACCAUCAAUGGUGACUUAGAAUUUGCAAUCUAUUGAAAACACGAUGAUCUAAUGAACAUAGAAUACGUAAAAUACCAAAUAAGUAGAACCUCUAUAAAGUAAUAAUGUUAGGACUUUGAAAUUUUAUUAACUUAUAUAGAUAUUAAUUUACAAAAGUUUCCUUAUUUAGAUUUCUUAUUUUAAGAUAUAUUUAUUCUAAGAUAAAAAAAAUGAUUUUAUUGUAUAUACAUUAAUUGUUAUUUUUUGAAAUUUGACAUUUAUAUUAAUUUAUUAUAUUAUUUGGUAUAUAUAAUAUAUAUUGCAUAGAACUUAAAUGUGGUUCAGAAGUUCAUUUGCUUCCGAAUAUAGAAGGAAUGGAAGAUUACUUACAGAACAUAAAAUAAAUCACAUUCUACUAAAAUAUAUAUUGUUUUUCCAUCUACUAAGUUCUAUGCAAUAUAGUUUCCUUAUGUAGCUUGUCUUUCACCAUAGCUUGUCUUUCACUGAAUCAUCACAAACCGAAACUAAUAACAGAUCAUAUCAGGUUUCAAUAUUCAAACCAGAGGAAGCUCAUUGUCACGUAGCUCAGGAUAAUUUCUCAUCUCUUCAUACAAUCUCAUUCAGGAAGCUCAUUAUCCAAGAACGUUCGAAGAAGAUCUCCAAAUGCUGGUCAAACAAAACCCCUUCUCUCUUUAUAUUCUCCCAAACUUUAUUGGUUUCAUCCACUUUCCUGUUUCUUUCAAACAUCAUGAGCAUGGUCUUAUCCAAGUAUGUUGUGUCUUCUCUGGACACACCAAAGCAAAGUGACCCGGUUUUUCACACUUGAAACAUACAAAAUGAGACAUAUUUCUUUCUUCUCCUUGUAUUUGUCUUGUGACUUAUAACGGCCACGACCUCUGCCUCUUAGUCUGUUUCUUCUUCCUCGAUUCCAACCUAUACCUCUUCCUCUUGAGUUGUACGAGCUAUUGGAAUUCACAUACAAAAGCUUCUUCUUCCUGGAUCCGUUCUUCAUAUGCUUUUAGUCUUCCAACAAUAUCUUCGAAAUUUGUUUUAUUCAGAUCAAGAACUUGUUCAAAUGAAACUAUGAUCUGAAUAUACUUGCUUCGAUGUAAGCUAUUCAGGAAUUUCUUCACUAGCUUAGGUUCUUCCAACGAUUGACCUAAAGCUACGGAUUUUGAGGCCAAUUAUGAUAUCUUUCCUGAGAAGGCAUCGAUAGAGUCUGUGUCUUUCAUCCUUAGACGUUCAAACUCAUACAUCAAAGUUUGGGGACGAGCUUCCUUCACACGUUCAGCACCAAGAUUCCUUGAUUUCACGGCUUCCCAUAUCUCUUCUGGGGAGUCUUGAUCACCAAUCUGCAAUAUUAGGUUUUCUGGAAUCGAUUGGAACAUGAGAACAUUAGCGACAUUAUUCUUCACUUCUUCAUCUGACCCAGGUUCAACUGAUUCCCUAACCUUGUGUACUCGCAGUAACACCUUCAUUCUCAUCGCCCAUACCGUGUAGUUCGUUGAAGAUAACAUCGGACAGACCACCAUGGAUGGCACGGCUUCUCUUGUCUUCGAUGUUGAUUUUGAAUCAUCCUUCGGUGAAACUUAUUCAAUGAGUCAAACCUGGAGUUCUGAUGUCAAAUAUAGUGAUUGAGAACGCGAAAGUGUUCAAGCGAGUUUCAGCCUUGAACACAACAACUUAAUAAAGACUCCUUCCUUUAUUAAUGUUUAGAAAACUUCUCAAAAACUAAAUACAAGCUAUUGUUCUUUCGUCUUUUUGUUAUGAUUUAUAAGCCCAAAGGCCGCAAACACAUCUGUUGAGGCCCAAGAAACUACUCAACGUUCCUCUUUCAACGGUCACAAAAGAUCAGACUCGAUGACGUCAAAAGGUGGUCCUUGUACGGGGUUCACAGCUAAGGAGUUACAGCUAUCAAACCGGUUCGAAACCUUGGGAUUGUGCGCGGCCACAUGUUGAGCUGUCUUUUGUCUUGUCUGUACUAGGGUUUACAGUCUUUCCUAUAUAUUGACGUCAGUUGUAAAGCGUGAAAGUUAAGCAAGAAACAUUCAAUAACAAAGUUAUCUUCUUCACUUAUUAUACUCUGUUUCACCAAGCUUUCAUGGUAUCAGAGUUUUACCUGAAAGGCACACAACGGUUUGGGUUAAACAUCAAUGCCAAGACAGGGUUUCUCUUGUACGGGUUCAGCGAUAGUGAUUGGGCUGGUUUCCGUGAUACAAGGCGCUCAACUGGUGGUUUGUGUACCUUCCUUGGUUCAAACAUCAUUUCCUGGUCUGCUAAACGACAUCCCACUGUCUCAAGAUCUUCAACGGAGGCUGAAUAUCGCACCCUAUCAUUAACCGCAACUGAGCUUAAAUGGUUGGCGUCUCUACUUGGUGAAAUGGGGAUCUCUCUACCUGACACACCGGAGUUGUUCUGUGAUAAUCUCUCUGCAGUAUACUUGACUGCCAAUCCAGCUAUGCAUAAUCGAAGUAAGCACUUUGAUACAGAUUUUCAUUAUGUGCGUGAGAGGGUAGCUCUUGGAGCUUUGGUCGUUAGUCAUGUACCUGCAGUUCUGCAACUGGCGGAUAUCUUCACUAAGCCCUUACCUCAACAACCUUUCCUAAGCUUGCGAGACAAACUUGGUGUUCAGGAUUCUCCCGCCACAAGUUUGAGGGGGUGUAUAAGCCCAAAGGCCGCAAACACAUCUGUUGAGGCCCAAGAAACUACUCAACGUUCCUCUUUCAACGGUCACAAAAGAUCAGACUCGAUGACGUCAAAAGGUGGUCCUUGUACGGGGUUCACAGCUAAGGAGUUACAGCUAUCAAACCGGUUCGAAACCUUGGGAUUGUGCGCGGCCACAUGUUGAGCUGUCUUUUGUCUUGUCUGUACUAGGGUUUACAGUCUUUCCUAUAUAUUGACGUCAGUUGUAAAGCGUGAAAGUUAAGCAAGAAACAUUCAAUAACAAAGUUAUCUUCUUCACUUAUUAUACUCUGUUUCACCAAGCUUUCAUGAUUCACCACAUGCGAUGAUCAAUAUAGGAGCUAGAUUUCCUUUUAUAUCCUAUUAUUCAUUGAAUUAGAAAUUUCAUUUUUUCUAAUACUAAUAGCUUUAGUUAUCCUAAUUUUUUUAAGGAUAAUUUACUUUUCUAGGUGACUUCUUUUUUAGUGAUGUUGAAUCUUAUCUCCAACAAAAGUUUGAACCGUUUUAGGUUUAGAAGGGCCAUUAACCUUUCUUAAUUAUUUACUGUGUUUUGUUUUUGCUAUUAUCUUAGCCAUUAUCUGUUUCAUAUUGGAAUACGACAUGAAGCUUCUGGUUUCUUCUUCUGUCUGCAAGAUAGAGCUUUUCUAUGUUGGGUAUGUGAUGUCACAAUCCACAGUCAACCUUCAUGUUACAGCUCGCUAUAGAUUUCUUCUGAAUGGGAUCAGAGUCAGUUUUGAAUCAACGGACAAAUCACCUUCUGGAAAGUUCUCACCACCAUAUAAUGAUGAUAAAACCAUGGAGACCAAAUAGUUUACCUUACCAACAUAUGAGCCUCAUGAGAAGAUUGACUUUAAUCAUCAUCAUCAUCAUCAGGUGGUUUUACUGGCAAUUAAAAUCAGUGAUAACAUCUUAAUGUUUGUUCUCGACACAUCUUCUUCAAUUCUUUUUACUGUUUCGUCUCUGAAGCAGAGGGUUGAUAAACGACGGCAGAAACAGUUCUGUUGCAAUAUAUCUUUUGGCCGAGAAAAACUGGAUUUCAGUUUUGUUGCAAUGUACCUUGAUUCGAUCUGUGCUUGAUGAGAAAGAUUUUCUCAGCUGGAGUGCUAAUGUGCAGAAUCAUUUAAUACCCGAGUAUGUUAAACAUUGUGGAUUCAUCAUCUAAAAUUACUUACCGCCCAGUUCUUAAGAGAUAUUUCUAAAUAUCAUAAAAAUCUAACCACUUUGAGAUAUAUUUCCAUAUUUUCAUUAAUCACUAAAUGCUUUUACAAAUCUAAAAAAAAAUAUAAAUCUUAUAGUAAACUAUUAGUAAUAUGGUAAAUAUUUAAAUUAUAUACCAUUAAUCAUAUAAAUAAAUCAAACAUUUAUAUGUAUAAAAAUAAAAAUGAUCACAUGCACAGUUGUACGGGUCAAGAUCUAGUGAGUAAUCAUAAUCCAAGUUGAUUGUUAUAAUAUAUCGGGUUCACAUAGCUAUUCUAACAAAUAUCAGCUAAAAGCCUAAAAGAAAUUGAAAACAAAUUUGUCUAAAUCAUAUGAGCGAAAAUAAUUAAGUUUUGUUUAAUUAAAAUGUUUAUCUAAUAAAAUAUCACGUAAUAAAUAGAAUAUGUAUAAUAAAAGAAACUAGGGUUGUUAGAAACAGAUAAUGAAUUCUUCCUUAUUUAAUGAAUCAAAUAUGUAAUUUUAUGCUAAUUUUUCUUUUAUGUUUGUUUGAGUUUCAAAAGUUUAUAAAAAUAAAGGAAAUUACAAAAAGAAAAAUAAGAAAUUAAGAAAAGGGCUUGCAUGAAAAUGCAGCUGCUCAUCCAAAGAUCAAUCACAAUGAAAGGUAGAUAUGAGCAAUUAAUAAUUCAAGUUGAUUGUUUUAAUUUUUCCUAUUCACAUAGAUUUUUUGUGGACCAGGUUUUUCAUUAAUAGGUUCAAGCGAUUACAAGGCUAAUAGUACAAGUCAUGUUGUGAGAGCCAACAGCCUAACUCCCAAACAAUAAUACAACACAAAGAAACAAUAGAGACAUAAACUUAUCUAUUCUAUUAAUUUAGAGUCAUAUUAUUUAUCUACUUAUGAAUGUUGUCAUUUAAAUUUUGGACUUAUUCAUAUUCCACUAAGAAUAGAUAUCAAUACAUUUAAAAUAAGAUCUUUUUAAAUUUCCUUUAAAUUACUUUCAAUAUUACAAACGUGUCGCUCCUAUUUGUAUGGUUAAUAACUUAACAACAUUAAUUUCAUCCUAAACAUACAUCCGUAAAACUUUCACAAUUUUUUUUAAUUUGACUAUGGACAUUUCAUUGUAUUUAGUUGUUUCUUAUUUAUUAUAGCAUUUAAAAAAUUUCAAAGCCUACAUGAAUUGCUGUAUUUAGUUGUGGUGCGUCAGAAAUACACUGCAACAUUGCUUCGAUUUUGACUAUUAAUAUCAAUUUUUGAUUGGUAAAUUAUAGUUAUACAACUAUAUGAUUUUUAUAAUAUAAUUAACCUUUAAUAUGUUCAUAGCUAUAGUGCUAUAUAAAUAUAUAGUUGCUAUAUUCUAUGAUUUUAAUUAUACAUAGUUUAUUCAGAUGUCGGCUAACAUAUUAUAUCAUCAUUUCUUAAAUGGUUAGAUAUGCUAUAAAAUAUACUUUUAUAGUACAAUUAAUUUAAUUUUAAAAAUAUAUUUUAUACAAAAAGAAUUAAUAAAAAGUAAAUAUCAAAAAUAUCAAAAAUAGAUUACUAUAUAUUUAAGAAAUCUAAACAAUAAAAUUAUUGAGUUA